CCUGGCGGGCUGCCUCUAGAACAAGGAGCGCGGCGCGUGGUCGCGGCGCGGAGCCGAGUGGGAGCGAGGGGUAGACGCGCUCCGGGCGUGCGGCCGCACCCCUCACUUCCGCCCCGCGGUCUGGACCGCUCGCCGCAAACCCGCAAGUCCCUCGCCGCUUUGGGGUCUGGGCGCGCGGUGCCGUGGGGGUCAGCAGGGCGGAGCGGCUUUUCCAGGAGAAAGGGCCCUCACGGGUGAGCGGGGCGACUGGGCUCCCCCGCGGUGCAGUUGCCCCGCGGGCGACGGCCCCGGGUCAACAGAUUCUUCUCGCUCGCUGCCCGGAAAGAACCAGUGAGAACCGCUGUUGCAGCAAAAAAGAAGUUAAUAAGCGCAGGGCUGGCCAAACCAGAACAGGGUCUCAGACCUGUCUCCCCGAGAAUUCGGGGGCGAGGGUUUUAAAGGGCAUUUUGGCGUCUCCGGGCUGGGGAACUGAAACAAUUGACCGGCUGGGGAUGAAAGCACAAGAGCGUCUGAAACUCGGGGCGGCUUCGUUGGUUCCCAGGAAGGGGGUGGGGUCAGUUUCCCUUGUCUUGAAGUUUACACGAAAUCCCUCUCCCAGUUAUCCUAGCCUCUGUGCUAGAAUAAGAAAACGACAACACGGUGAAAACUUAGCCCGUGAGGUUAGAAGCAAGAUGGAGUCAGUCAUGUUAGAUUUCUCGCAUUAUUUAUAUAUCUGUAAAGGUGGUUUCAGGGACCUUUCUGAACUUAGCCCGUAUCUCACUGGUGAUCCCACUUCUGGGUAUUUGCAAAUCACUUUAUUAGGUUUUUAAAAGUAUUGUUGCAGGCAUGCGAAGGGGCCGAUAUACUUUUGCCAUGUCCAGAGUGUAUUCAGGUCUUGUAAUGAUCAUAUGGGUGUUAUAUUGAGUAACAGGCAAAUGUGGGCAGAAAAUAUCAAAUGUGGUUUUCAGCUAAGAAGUCUGGUUGCUCUUAGUUUUCAGUUACUCUCCAUUGCAUAGAAUAAAGCCCCGAAGAAACGAAGAAUAAGAUCAUGGGGAAACUUGGCUUCCAUGUUAAACCGUGUAAUACCAGGUGUUAGAAUAGUAGUAAAGGACUUGUUUCUUUCACAUCUAUAUACACUCAAAAGACCUCAUCGAUCUUGGAAAAACAUUGUUUCGAAGACAAUGUAUAUGACUGGUUUGGUUAUAUGAAGAAAUCAUUUCUAGGAUUUCCUGGUAAUUCUGUGAUAAACAGGAAUACAAACUGGAAUUUUUACAGGUCACUAUAGUAGAGGUUUUAGUUUGAUUUUUGCUUUGCCUGUCAUGCUCUCUCUGCCUUAUAAUUCUUUGUGGUGUAAUUAAAAAACGAACACUAGGGCCGGACGGGGUGGCUCACGCCUGUAAUCCCAGCACUUUGGGAGGCCGAGGCGGGCGGAUCAUCUGAGGUCGGGAGUUCGAGCCCAGCCUGACCAACAUGGAGAAACCGCGUCUCUACUAAAAAUACAAAAUUAGCCGGGCGUGGUGGCGCAUGCCUGUAAUCCCAGCUACUCGGGAGGCUGAGGCAAGAGAAUCACUUGAACCUGGGAGGUGGAGGUUGCGGUGAGCCGAGAUCGCACCAUUGCACUCCAGCCUGGGCAACAGGAGCGAGACUCCGUCUCAAAAUAAAAAACAAACACUGUAAGCUUUUUGAAAAAUCAAGUAAAUUCAUUACAGUGUUUUUCCUGCAAUGAAAAAGAAUGCAUCACUUUUCUAAGGUUUUAAUAAUCAUAAUAGCUGCCAGUUAUUCAGGACCUUGUAUGUACCAGGCAAAGUGUUAGGAACGUUUUAUCCAUUUUCUCUUCUGUGCUAAGCAGUCCCACUAGCUGCUUCAUCCUGGAAAUAUAGAUGGGAGACUGAAGUCAAGGACUCCAACUGUGUGUUUAACAUCUCUCUUGACUCCCAGGAACCUCCAGUUCGGCAUGUCCAAAAUGAAACGCAUGUCUGUCUUCUAUCAAUAUGUUUUGCCCAACCCCUGCAACACUCCCACUUCCAGAAAAAUCACACACACAACCAUUGUGCCUUUCCUCUCUCAGGGAGUGCCAAGAAACCAUCUGGUUCAUGCCAGAAACUUGGGAGUCAACCUUGCCCCCUUCUCUGCUUGCCCCCCAUAAAUCUGCCACCACAAAUCCUGUCAACUGUUCUUACAUCUUUCCUUCCCAUUUUUUCUGACCCCAUUGCCUCCACUCUAUUCCAUUUCAUUAUUUUCCUGCCUUUUCUAUUGUUGGAGCCUCCUAACUGGCCUGUGUCUCUGAGCUGGCCUUCCUGCCCCUCCUCCACUGGUCUGCAAUCUGAGUGAAUGUUUUUUCUAAUAUGCAAAUAUGAUUAUAUUGCCUUCUUGGUUAAAAUGCUUCAGCAGCUUGUUACAUUCUUCUUUCAAUUUCUUGAACUGAAUGUAAUUUCUUUAGCUCUUAAAUAUGCAAUUUCCUCUUCCUUGAUUACUCUUUUCCUCCUCUUUGUCUAGCCAAGUUUCAUUCAUUCUUCAGGCUUCAGCUUAAAUAGCCUACAUUUGUUGAGGUUUAUGGUUAUCUCUGCAUGGGAUGUCCAUGUUGGCAGGGACUAUGAGAGAUUUUUCAGAUUAUAACAUCUGACUCAGAGUUGGUGCUCAGUGUCUACCUGUUGAAUGUAGUAUAGGGGAGGAAAAACAUUUUUUCUCUACCCUCUUAGGUUCAGUAGCUGGGCCCUGCAAAAUAAACUGAUGAAAGAUAGAUUAACAGGAAAAAAGGUUUAUGCAUAAAUGUAAAGAAGUGGUUAGACCAGGGGGCUCAUAUGCCAUUUUAACAAAGAGUGAUAAAUUGUAGAGAAGUAACUAGACAAAAGUAGGGGAAUGCUUCUUGGGUAAAUUGUAGGAAGGUAAAUAUAUGGCGGAAGCUAACAUAAGAUAAGGGUUAUUCAGUAAGGUUUGUUAUGUGGACUCCAAGUUGGUGCCUUCCCCAUUGGUAAGAGUUGCUCUCCUCUUCCUGGUACUGGAAAGGAAGACACAUUUACAAAUGGAUAUUUAUUACCUGUACAUAGGAAAAUUUAUGCCCUGCAUUUAUACAAAAAAGGGAGGGCAAAGAGCAAAUUGGUUUCAGCUCAAAACAAUUCUUACAUGAAAGUGGCAUAUUUUGGGGUAGCAUACACUGAUCCUCUUCAAAAGGAAUAAUUUGCUUUUCUCUUAUCAUGGUUAUGAGAGCUACUUUGAAUUAAUUUUUGCUUUUUGAAAGUACAUUUAAUUCUCAAAUGUUUCUGCUUUUGAAUGCAGUUUGGGAGAGCCCAUGGUGACUGCGUGAGUGGAGCCCAGCUGUGUGGAUGCCCCAGCAUGGAUGACUACAUGGUCCUGAGAAUGAUUGGGGAGGGCUCCUUCGGCAGAGCUCUUUUGGUUCAGCAUGAAAGCAGUAAUCAGAUGUUUGCCAUGAAAGAAAUAAGGCUUCCCAAGUCUUUCUCUAAUACACAGAAUUCUAGGAAGGAGGCUGUUCUUUUAGCCAAAAUGAAACACCCUAAUAUUGUUGCCUUCAAAGAAUCAUUUGAAGCUGAAGGACACUUGUAUAUUGUGAUGGAAUACUGUGAUGGAGGGGAUCUAAUGCAAAAGAUUAAACAGCAGAAAGGAAAGUUAUUUCCUGAAGACAUGAUACUUAAUUGGUUUACCCAAAUGUGCCUUGGAGUAAAUCACAUUCACAAGAAACGUGUGCUACACAGAGAUAUCAAGUCCAAGAAUAUCUUCCUCACUCAGAAUGGAAAAGUGAAAUUGGGAGACUUUGGAUCUGCCCGUCUUCUCUCCAAUCCGAUGGCAUUUGCUUGUACCUAUGUGGGAACACCUUAUUAUGUGCCUCCAGAAAUUUGGGAAAACCUGCCUUAUAACAAUAAAAGUGACAUCUGGUCCUUGGGUUGCAUCCUGUAUGAACUCUGUACCCUUAAGCAUCCAUUUCAGGCAAAUAGUUGGAAAAAUCUUAUCCUCAAAGUAUGUCAAGGGUGCAUCAGUCCACUGCCGUCUCAUUACUCCUAUGAACUUCAGUUCCUAGUCAAGCAGAUGUUUAAAAGGAAUCCCUCACAUCGCCCCUCGGCUACAACGCUUCUCUCUCGAGGCAUCGUAGCUCGGCUUGUCCAGAAGUGCUUACCUCCCGAGAUCAUCAUGGAAUAUGGUGAGGAGGUAUUAGAAGAAAUAAAAAAUUCGAAGCAUAAUACACCAAGAAAAAAAACAAACCCCAGCAGAAUCAGGAUAGCUUUGGGAAAUGAAGCAAGCACAGUGCAAGAGGAAGAACAAGAUAGAAAGGAUAGCCAUACUGAUUUGGAAAGCAUUAAUGAAAAUUUAGUUGAAAGUGCAUUGAGAAGAGUAAACAGAGAAGAAAAAGGUAAUAAGUCAGUCCAUCUGAGGAAAGCCAGUUCACCAAAUCUUCAUAGACGACAGUGGGAGAAAAAUGUUCCCAAUACAGCUCUUACAGCUUUGGAAAAUGCAUCCAUACUCACCUCCAGUUUAACAGCAGAGGACGAUAGAGGUGGUUCUGUAAUAAAGUACAGCAAAAAUACUACUCGUAAGCAGUGGCUCAAAGAGACCCCUGACACUUUGUUGAACAUCCUUAAGAAUGCUGAUCUCAGCUUGGCUUUUCAAACAUACACAAUAUAUAGACCAGGUUCAGAAGGGUUCUUGAAAGGCCCCCUGUCUGAAGAAACAGAAGCAUCCGACAGUGUUGAUGGAGGUCACGAUUCUUUCAUUUUGGAUCCAGAGCGACUUGAGCCUGGGCUAGAUGAGGAGGACACGGACUUUGAGGAGGAAGAUGACAACCCCGACUGGGUGUCAGAGCUGAAGAAGCAAGCUGGAUGGCAAGGCCUGUGCGACAGAUAAUGCCUGAGGAAAUGUUCCUGAGUCACGCCGAGGAGAGGCUUCACUCAGGAGUUCAUGCUGAGAUGAUCAUGAGUUCAUGCGAUGUAUAUUUUCCUUUGGAAACAGAGUGAAGCAGAGGAAACUCUUAAUACUUAAAAUCGUUCUUGAUUAGUAUCAUGAGUUUGAAAAGUCUAGAACUCCUGUAAGUUUUUGAACUCAAGGGAGAAGGUAUAGUGGAAUGAGUGUGAGCAUCGGGCUUUGCAGUCCCAUAGAACAGAAAUGGGAUGCUAGCCUGCCACUACCUACUUGUGUGAUUGUGGGAAAUUACUUAACCUCUUCAAGCCCCAAUUUCCUCAACCAUAAAAUGAAGAUAAUAAUGCCUACCUCAGAGGGAUGCUGACCACAGACCUUUAUAGCAGCCCGUAUGAUAUUAUUCACAUUAUGACGUGUGUUUAUUAUUAUGUGACUCUUUUUACAUUUCCUAAAGGUUUGAGAAUUAAAUAUAUUUAAUUAUGA